AUGACAGGUUCGACGCCUCUGCAGCCGCUCGACUAUGCGUCCAUUCUCUCGCACUCAGCGCGAAACCGCAUGCCCUCUGCGAUCCGGUCGCUGUUCCCAGCCGAACUCAUCCCAGGGAUGGUUUCGCUGCUCUCCGGCAAGCCUAAUUCCGAGACCUUCCCGUUCCAACGCAUCCUGCUCGAACUCAAACCCACAAUCCACCCGGACGGCAAGACGGAAACGGUAGCGAUCGAGGGAUCGGACCUCGACAUUGCGCUGCAGUACUCUGCCACGAGUGGCCUCCCUAAACUCGUUGGCUGGAUCGAGGAGUUUCAAUCGCACGUGCACGCCCGUGCGCGAACCAAGCAGUCCAACAGCAGCAAGCCUGGUGAAGUUUGGCGCUGUUCGUUCGGAAACGGCAGCCAGGAUUUGCUCACAAAGACGUUCGAGGCGCUUGUCGAUGCGGGCGACUCGGUGGUGCUCGAAUCCCCCGCGUACUCUGGCAUCUUGCCCAGCCUCGUCGCGCACAACGCCAAGCUCUUCGAAGCCGAGACCGACUCCGAGGGCGUAGAACCCACAGCUCUCGACGCCCUCCUCACCCACUGGUCCUCCAACCCCGCUACAAGCGCUAGCCCCUUCCCGAAGUUCCUCUACACCACCCCGACGGGCGCUAACCCCUCCGGCACAUCUGCCUCCGACGACCGCAAACGCGCCGUCCUCGCCGUGGUCCGCAAACACAACCUGCUGCUGCUCGAAGACGACCCUUAUUACUUUUUGAGCUUCCAGGGCCUCACGCCCGAUGCUGACCCGGUGAAGCGGCAGAGAGGCAAGAGCUACUUCCAGCUCGAGGCGCAGGACGAGUACGCAGGCGGUGUCGGAAGGGUGCUCCGCUUUGACAGUUUCAGCAAGAUCCUCAGUGCUGGGUUGAGGCUGGGCUUUGUUACGGGCCCAAAGGAGAUUUUGGAUGCGAUCGAUCUGGAUACGAGCAGCAGGAAUCUGCAGACGAGCGGCACGAGUCAGGCUAUCGCGUAUGCGCUGCUGAGCAAGUGGGGGAUCGACGGGUUCCUGAGGCAUGCGGACAAUGUCGCUCGCUUCUAUCAGGACCGCCUGGAACGCUUCGAAUCGUCCGCGCGCUCGAUCCUCACUUCUUCCCCCAGCAUCGCCUCCUGGGUCCGCCCCACAGCCGGCAUGUUCCUUUGGAUCAAACUCAAACUCCCGCCCUCCCCCUCCAGCGCAGAAGGCGACUCGUUCGAUCUGAUCAGCGACAAAGCCAAAUCUGCCGGCGUCCUCGCUCUGCCCGGCGUAGCCUUCAAACCGCCCUCGACCACCGACGCAGACCGCAAAACAAGCGCCUACGUCCGCACAUCCUUCAGCCAAGUGCCCCUGGACCAGGUGGAUACAGCCUUCAGCCGCCUUCGCGGCGUCGUCGAAGAAGCCUGGCGCGAAGCUGGACUCGACAUCCCUGCCUAA